AUGUUGACACAGCACCACCCUGUCCAGUCUGGUGCCCCGGUGACAGUGACAGCACCACCAGCACAUUUGACUCCAGCUGUCCCACUUUCCUUUUCAGACGGACUUAUGAAGCCUCCCUUGAAGCCCACCAUGCCCAGCCGGCCGAUUGCUCCUGCUCCACCCUCUACUCUCUCGGCUCCCACAAAAGUUCCUGGGCAAGUUACUGUGACCAUGGAAAGCAACAUACCACAGGCUCCAACAAUUCCAGUGGCAACAAUCAGUGGGCAACAGGGGCACCCUAGUAACUUGCAUCACAUCAUGGCUACCAAUGUGCAGAUGUCCAUCAUCAGAAGUAGUGCUCCUGGGCCUCCGCUACACAUUGGAGCUUCUCACCUACCGCGGGGUGCAGCGGCUGCUGCAGUGAUGUCCAGUUCUAAAGUAACUACAGUCCUGAGACCGGCUUCGCAGUUGCCAAAUGCAAAUUUCUUUUCUGAAUGUGUCUCUUUCUGACUCUUACAGUCUCGUCCGCCCGUGACAACCUCAAGCACUAUUCCUCCGGCUGUGGUGGCAACUGUCUCGGCCACAAGAGCUCAGUCCCCUGUUAUAACUACAACAGCAGCGCAUGCUACGGAAUCAACCCUCAGUCGACCCACCCUGUCUAUCCAGCAGCACCCGCCCUCUGCAGCUAUUAGCAUUCAGCGGCCUGCACAGCCGAGGGACACGGCCACUCGGAUUACACUACCCUCUCACCCAGCUAUAGGAACACAGAAGCCACAGCUCCACACCAUGGCUCAGAAAACCAUUUUCAGUACUGGUACUCCAGUGGCAGCAGCAACAGUGGCACCUAUUUUGGCAACGAAUACAAUUGCUUCAGCAACCACAGCUGGUUCUGUGUCUCACACCCAAGCGCCUACAAGCACCAUUGUCACCAUGACAAUGCCCUCCCAUUCUUCCCAUGCUACGGCUGUCACGACCUCAAACAUCCCAGUUGCUAAAGUGGUUCCUCAGCAAAUCACGCAUACUUCUCCCCGGAUCCAGUCUGAUUACACAGCAGAGAGGAGUAAUCUCAUACCCCUCUCCAGUCACCGGGCAUCUCCAAACCCAGUAGCAAUGGAAACCAGAAAUGACAACAGGCAGUCGGUGCCUGUCCAGUUCCAGUAUUUCUUACCAACGUACCCGCCCUCCGCCUAUCCUUUGACUGCGCACACCUAUACCCCCAUCACCAGCUCGGUGUCCACCAUUCGCCAGUACCCAGUUUCAGCCCAGGCGCCCAACUCGGCCAUCACGGCUCAGACUGGCGUCGGAGUGGCCUCCACUGUCCACCUCAACCCCAUGCAGCUGAUGACUGUAGAUGCGUCUCAUGCCCGUCACAUCCAGGGCAUCCAGCCGGCACCAAUCAGUGCGCAGGGGAUCCAGCCAGCACCAAUCAGUGCACAGGGGAUCCAGCCGGCACCAAUUGGGACGCAAGGACUCCACCCCGCUGCACCAAUUGGCACGCAGGGACUGCAGCCAGCACCAAUCAGUGCUCAGCAGCCACAAGCCGACACCAAGACUUCAGCAGUAGUCUUGGCAGAUGGAGCCACCAUUGUAGCCAAUCCUAUUAGCAACACAUUCAACACUGCUUCUGCAGCAACCACAGUUGUGCAAACCCAUAGCCAGAGUGCCAGUGCCAGUGCACCAGCCCAGGGCUCUUCCCCGCGCCCAAGCAUCCUCCGGAAGAAACCAACCACAGAUGGGCUGGCAGUCCGGAAAAGCUUAAUUCCACCUCAGCCACCUGAAGUAGCUAGCACACGUGUCGAGAGUACCAUGCGAAGCACAUCUGGAUCACCAAGGCCUGCUGGUGCCAAGCCAAAACCUGAAAUUCAUGUGUCCAUGGCCACUCCGGUCACUGUGUCUAUGGAGGCAGUGCCUAACCAGGGCGGCGAGCAGCCCACCAUUGCAGUCCCCCCUACCUCCCAGCAGCCUCCCUCUGCCAUUCCAACAAUCAUCGCGGCAGCCAGUCCCACUUCACAGCCUGCAGCAGCACUGUCCACCAUUCCAGGAGCCGUCCCGCCUGCUCCACCAACUUCUGCUACGCUUGUGGCAACACCUGCUCCUCCAUCAACCAUGAGCGGUGCCCUGUCAGCGGUGCUGGGUCCUGCCGUACCAGAGAUAAAAAUCAAAGAGGAAGUGGAGCCUAUGGACAUAAUGCGACCGGUAUCUGCUCUCCCUCUUUUGACUACAAGUACUGUGUCUCCGUCUUUGGCGUUGCUGGCCAACAACCUCUCAAUGCCUCCAAGUGAUUUGCCACCUGGUGCCUCCCCGAGGAAGAAACCCCGUAAGCAGCAGCAUGUCAUCUCCACAGAGGAAGGGGACAUGAUGGAAACAAACAGCACUGAUGAUGAGAAAUCCACUGCCAAAAGUUUGCUGGUGAAGGCAGAGAAGCGCAAGUCACCUCCAAAGGAGUAUAUAGAUGAAGAAGGGGUAAGAUACGUCCCUGUGCGUCCAAGGCCACCUAUCACGUUGCUCCGGCAUUAUCGCAAUCCUUGGAAAGCUGCUUACCACCACUUUCAGAGAUACAGUGAUGUCCGGGUAAAAGAAGAGAAGAAGGCUAUGCUGCAGGAGAUUGCCAAUCAGAAGGGUGUAUCCUGUCGUGCACAAGGGUGGAAGGUCCAUCUCUGUGCGGCACAGCUACUACAGCUGAUGAUCAAAAUUGGCAACUCCCUCCUGCUGAUGCACAGGUCUGAAGAAGCGUCUGUUUGGGAUGGUGCGGCUGAUCUGAGGAGGCAGCACUGA